GCUAUCCUUCAGAUCCGACUUGAGGACCGAGAAGUCCUUGUGCUCUCCGGUGCCGACCUUAAGGAUUACUACUACCACUUCGUUAUCAGUCGCCAGCGCUUGUUGAGGAAUGCACUCGCGGGCUCCGUCAGCGAGGCCACUGCCCGGACCUUCAGCUGCUUCGAGAGUCAUCUCAUCGGAAAAGGCCCCUUUCGUGCCGCGCUCAACAGUAUGGCGAUGGGCGACCUCAACAGCGUUGAGUUCGGACAGCUUUCUCAUCUUUCACUCAGUUUGCAAGCGGAUGUUUUCCGUCCGGAGGAGAUGCUGACUCUGAAGUCCCGGGCCCCGAGAACACCCAUUGCAGGCGGAGUCGUGAUUGAUGACCUGUUCCUUGCUGAGAAGAUGGACCGUUCUCAGGUCGGUGAGCUGGGAAAAGGAACGAGCGCGGGGGCCCUCCGUCUCAAGCGAGCUGAGAAAGCCUAUGUCGAAGGCGGUCUGCUUCAGAAUUUCAAGAAGUCCUUCAGCGAGCAGCUGAAAGCUGAAGUGUGGGGGGCUGAGAUAGACGGAGAUGCCGGGACCUGCCGGCCGCUCACUUCCAGGCUGAUCCCCGUGAUCUCGAUCACCGUGGACAUCCUACAAACUAAGGAGGUGUUCAAGGCUCCCCGCUGGCUGGACGAGCACAAGGCUUUUCGAAUCUGGCCAGCCUUGGAGGAGCUGCCCGGUGGGGACCAGUUCGGUUACCAUCCUGUGUGGCAGACCCUGUUCAGGUCUGUGAAGUUCAACGAGGUUUGGAGGAGGCGGAUAUGGAGGCCCCGGCACAUCAACGUCCAUGAGUUGCGAACCUUACUGGCGGCCGAACGCCGCCGCGGCUUGCAGUGUCCUGCUUCUAGCGUCGUGAGUGCCAGUGACUCUCAGGUGUCGUUAGGGGCCGUGCUCAAGGGGCGGUCAGCCUCGCCCAGACUCAACGGGAUUCUUCGGCAAAGCUUACCCGAGCACCUGUCUGCUGACAUUAGCGGGAUCUAUGCCUACGUAGGAACUUCCGACAACCCCGCUGAUGACCCCACGAGGCAUGCCAAAGUCCGCGACCCUCGCGAAGCCAUGCCCCGAUGGAUGGAGCACGCCCUCGGCGGCAUGUUCGACGAGCUGGAGGAGUUCUUGCGGAGCUACGACCUGGACACGGUCAGCAUGCUGGGGCUCCCGCCUUUCGAGAGCAUCGUCCCCCUCGCCGUGCCAGCGCCGAAGCCCUCCCGAGAAGAUGCUAGGGCUCUUUUUCUACGGGAGCUGGGGAAGCCUGGGGAGCCCCUCGAAGCUGAGGCUCUCGCCAGGUCUCUUCUGCUUCGUGCCACCUUGACUGCCGAGAACCUCUUGGAGCUCAGCCGCCUUCUCCCUCGGGAGGCGCCUGCUCGGGGGCCCGGAGAUGCCGAAGCCGGUUCCUUCAGUGGUGGAGCUUUCGUUCACGGCGGCGUGACUGGCGUCCGUCGCAACAGCAGGAGUUUUCCCUCGUCCGAGCAGGUCGUCGCGAAGUUUGCGGCCGAGCACUACCCGGACCACGAGUACACCAGCUUCGUCUUCCUGACCAACUUGAAGACGCCGGCCCACCGGGACUCCCACAACAGUGCCUCCAGCUUGAACAUGAUUGUCAAACUCAGCCCCUUCUCUGGGGGCGAGAUAUGGGUCGCCGACUCGGGUGGAGAGGAGGUUGAGACCAUCAACGGAAAGGAGGUCCGUGGGCGAAACCUUGCUUUCGACAAUGGCGUGGUUUUCCUCCGCCCCCGCUCGUGGCACCUCACUCGGGAGUGGAGUGGCGAGCGAGUGGUCCUGGUCUUCUACUGCAUUCGGGACUACUUGAAGCUUGCCCGGGCCGAUGCAGAGCUCUUGUCUGCAGCCGGCUACAACCUCCCGAAGGACAUGUACAAAAAGUUUCGAUCUUUGAAGCCGCCGCCUGUGUCCGCUUCGGCCGGCCCAGUCGGAUCUUUGGUAGCAAGGAAAGAUUAUGAGUUAGAGCAGCGGCGCCGCGUCGACGAGACGGCGUGCGAAGGCUGUGUGUUUGACCUCCACCCUCACAUCACGGACGUCUUGCUCAAGUUUGACUCCGAGCAAUUUGUCCUUCCGAAAAAGAGCAGAAAGAGACUUUCUGAGCUGUUGCUCCGCCCCGGCUACUUGGACCUCUACUCCGGCAGCGCGGGGGUGGCGCACGAGCUUGCAGCAGCCAGCGGGACAUGGGUCCUGACCUUCGACUACGCCCGCUCCGCUGCCGAGGACCUCCUUGAGCCCGGGCUUCAGCAGACGCUCCUGGAGCUGACUCGACUUCGUGCGUUUGCGGGCCUGGGUGCCGGGCCUGUGUGUUCUUCCUUUUCUCGGGCGAUACGGCCCCCGGUCAGAGACAAAGCUAACCCCUUGGGACUGCCGGGCCUUCGCUCCAGCAUGUACGCUAAGGUCAUGGAGGGCAACCAGCACGCCGAGUUUGUUGCCGCCCUCGUCUCAGAGUUUCAGCUCCUGUCCCUCCCCUACUGGGUCGAGAACCCCCACGGAAGCUACUUUUGGGAAGUGCCAUCCAUCAAGAACCUGCUCGGGGAACCUUGGAGGGACUCUUGCUGGGUGUUGGACUACUGCGCGUUCGGCACUGCUUGGAGAAAACGGACGCGGUUCUUCGUUGGACGUGAGCUAGGCGGACAAGAGGUCCGCUGCCCUGGGUGCAGAGAGCAUCAACGACUGGUGGGCUAUUCUAGCUACCACCGCCGGCAGUGGACCAAGGUCGCCGAAGUUUACCCCCGGGCGGUCAACUCUUUGCUGGCACACCACUUGGCGAACUCGAGCCGCCCCGUUGGUCUACGGAAGCGCCUGGACCUGGCUGCUUGCGCUCGCUGUUUGGGAGCACGGAUAGGAGAGGCAACAAACCCUGGACCUCGACCCCGGCAACCCCACCAUGGCUCUCUGGAGGAGGUCAACCUCGUCACCGAGACCACCGUGAAGCUGCAGAACCGUGUCCUCGCUGACUUCGAGGGUUGGUUGCGUUCAGGGCUUAGCGACUCUGCUCUUAGUAGCCUCUCUAGCUGCGCCAUGGCCUACUGCACCAUGAUCCGGGCCUACGGAGACCACCUCUACCGCAGCAAGGGCCCCAUGUAUGUUUACCGCCACCUGCUGGCUUACAUGCAAAAGAAUCGGCUGGGGCUGCGACCUUACCUCCCUAUGGCUUGGGAUCUGCUGUCGCGCUGGGAAAGAGUCGAGCCUGUCCAGCACCGAGUUCCUAUGCCCGAGGCCCUAUAUAAAGCGAUGUUUGCUUUAGGACUGCUGCGCGGAUGGUUUCGCUGGUGCUCUAUCUUUGGCAUAGCCUAUCACGGCAUCGCCAGGGCAGGAGAGCCUCUGCGAGCCCUCCGAAAGGAUCUUCUGCUUCCUUCCGACACUUUGUCGCCGCUAGCGACAGGGUCUUUCAUGGCUGUGCGAGGCCCGAAGACUGCUUACCGAGGGAAAGGACGGGUCCAGCAUCUCUGCAUAAAGGAUGCCAGCUUCAGCGCUUUUCUGGAAUACGUGUACAGUCGCGUGCCUCCGGAAGAGAGGCUCUACCGAGGCUCAGCCUCCGCCUUUCGGAAACGCUGGGACGAGCUGCUUCUUCUGCUGUCGGUUCCGAAAGCCGCUGGCCUCACGCCUGGAGGGCUCCGAGGCGGAGGUGCCGUGAAGGCUUAUAAGGAAGGCGUCGGAAUACAAGAUUUGAUGUGGAGGAUGCGGGUCAGACAUGCUGUCACCUUGGAGUCCUAUCUUCAAGAAGUGGCGGCCCUCUCGGUCGUGCCGAAGCUCCCGCCCGAGAGCCGACGCCGUGUCACUGCUGCUUGUGUCUUCUACCAACCGGCUUUGCUCGCCUUCUCUACAGCAGUGGUUAACGCUUUCUAA